GCUGCAAAUAUAAAUUGGAAUCCAAGGGAAGCCAUGCUACUCACCUUCCAAGAAAAAUAAGCUGCAAUUACUUUACCUAUCAUACUGUUUUAAGAAUGAAGAAAAAGAAGCUUUUGGCCAAGAUGCUUGUCCUUCUUUUCCAUUUCUCGUUGGCUGCAGCGUCGGCCUCAGAGUCUCCCACCGUCAUUGUCAUUGGAGCCGGAAUGUCAGGAAUUUCAGCGGCAAAAACUCUGCAUGAGGGGGGCAUUCACGAUAUAUUGAUUCUAGAGGCAACUCCUAGAAUUGGUGGCCGUCUGAAGAAAACUCAAUUUAGUGGACUCACGGUUGAGCUGGGCGCCAAUUGGCUUUUUGGUGGGGGACCUGUACCCAAUCCCAUACGAGACAUGGCCAAAAAACUUAAGCUCAGAACUUCCCUCAAUUACUAUGAGAAUAUCACAUCAAACACCUAUAAACAAGAAGGUGGACUGUACCCUUCAAAGCUGGUAGAGGAAAUUGACAAGGUUGCUACUGCCAGAGAUGAUUUCUGCGCAAAGUUUUCAGAACAAUUGUCGGCCAAACAGAAGGAUGUUGAUGUCUCAAUUUUGUCAGCACAGCGCAUACUUAAACAGGAGCCCAAAACCCCACUUGAAAUGGUGAUUGACUUCUAUCACAAUGACUAUGAAGACGCAGAGCCACCAAAAGUGACUAGUUUGAAGCACACAUACCCUCGAAAUGAGAUGAUGGACCACGGAGAGGAUCUAUAUUUCGUGGCUGAUCCGAGAGGCUUUGAGAUUAUACCUCAGUAUCUUGCUAAGCAGUUCCUUUCCUCUUUGACAAGUGAUCCCAGGCUUAAGCUAAAUAAGGUAGUUAGAGAGAUAAUUUACUCAAGGAAUGGAGUUAUUGUAAAAACAGAAGAUGGUUGCACAUACAAUUCCAAGUAUGUUAUUUUAUCUGUCAGCGUUGGAGUCCUCCAGAGUGAUCUAAUUGAGUUCCAGCCCACGUUACCUCUAUGGAAAAGAAUUGCAAUAACAGAUUUUAGUAUGACCAUAUAUACCAAGAUCUUUGUAAAGUUCCCUUACAAGUUCUGGCCUACUGGCCCUGGAACUGAAUUCUUCCUCUACACUCAUGUGAGGCGCGGAUACUAUCCACUUUGGCAGCAUUUGGAGAAUGAGUAUCCAGGAUCAAAUAUAUUAUUCGUGACGGUAACAGCUGAUGAGUCAAGGAGGAUAGAGCAAUUGCCUGAUGAAGAAAUUGAAGCAGAGAUAAUGGAAAUACUUAAAAAGUUGUUUGGGGACAACAUUCCAAAACCAGAAUCCAUUCUUGUGCCCAGAUGGGGCUUGGACAAGUUCUACAAGGGCAGCUAUUCUAAUUGGCCUGAUAACUACAGUAAAAAACGCAAAGACCAUUUAGCGUAUCCUGUUGGUCCGGUAUACUUUACAGGGGAGCACACCAACGAUAGAUAUUUAGGAUAUGCUACCGGUGCUUAUUUUGCAGGUAUCGAUACUGCAAAUGAUUUAAUCGAGUACAUAAAGAAUAAAUCUUGUAAAGGCUUUAACAGAAACAGAUGGCAUUAAGUCCUGGCUUGCAUCUGAAGGUGAAUCUCUAUUCGAUUUAUGCAAAAAAAUGAGCACAAAAUACAAAGAAUAGAGAUGAGCAACAGCAUAGAGUUGUCUUCCUUCCCAUGACAAGUCUUUAAUCAAAGCUGUCAUUGAAGUUGUCCUUUGCACAAUGUCCUGUCUAUUGUUGUGCUUAAUUUGAUACAUAUAUAAUAUCAAUGUGCAUGGGAAAUUUCACCCCCCAAUCCGUAUAGGAGAUAUGAUUGAUGAGUGGCUCAUAGUCUUUAGAGUGAAUUUGUUUCUUUCUCUGUCCAUUACUACGUUAAACUUGUGGCUUUAUAUUAAUAGAAAUUUCUUUCUUC